AACCCGCCUUGGAAGCGAUGGAGUUGAGUCCGGUCUCGUUGUCUGGGCCUUCUAGCUCUUUCAAGGAAGAGCUUCUAUGCGCCGUCUGCUUCGACCCGUUCCGCGACGCGGUGACGCUGCAGUGUGGCCACAACUUCUGCCGCGGGUGCGUGAGCCGCUGCUGGGAGGUGCAGACGGCGCCCUCCUGCCCGGUGUGCAAGGCCCGCGCGUCGCCCGGCGACCUGCGCACCAACCACACCCUCAACAACCUGGUGGAGAAGCUGCUGCGCGAGGAGGCCGAGGGCGCGCGCCGCGCCGGCCACCGCUCCCCGCGCCUCUGCCGCCCGCAUCGCGGCCAGCUCGGCUUCUUCUGCCUGGAGGACAAGGAGCUGCUGUGCUGCCUGUGCCAGGCCGACCCCCGGCACCAGGGCCACCGCGUGCAGCCGGUGAAGGACACUGCCCACGACUUCCGGGCCAAGUGUAAGAACCUGGAACACAUGCUGCGGGAGAAAGCCAAGGCUUUCUGGGCCAUGCGGCGUUCCUAUGAGAACAUUGCCAAGCACAAUCAGGUAGAGGGUGCCUGGCUGCAAGGCCGCAUCCGGGAAGAGUUUGAGAAGCUCCGAGAGUUCUUGAGGAAGGAGGAGCAGGCCACCCUGGAUGCCAUGACCAACGAGGCCAGACAGAAGCAGCUCCUGGCUGACCAGAAGAUGAAGCGGCUUGAGGAAGAGACUGAGAUGCUGGCCCAUGAGAUCGAGCGGCUGCAGGCGGAAAUGAAGGAGGACGACAUUUCUUUUCUCAUGAAACACAAGAGUCGAAAACGCCGGCUCUUCUGCACCAUGGAGCCGGAGCCUGUCCAGCCAGACAUGCUUGUUGAUGUCUGCAAGUACCUCGACUCCCUCCGGUACCGGGUCUGGAAGAAGAUGAUUACAUGUGUGGAAUCCGUGCCCUUCAGCCUGGACCCCAACACGGCAGCUGGCUGGCUUUCAGUGGCUGACGACCUCACCAGCGUCACCAACCACGGCUACCACGUGCAGGUGGAGAACCCAGAGCGCUUCUCCUCGGCGCCUUGCCUCCUGGGCUCCUGCAGCUUUUCGAAGGGCUCUCACACCUGGGAGGUGGCCCUGGGGGGGCUGCAGAGCUGGCGGGUGGGUGUGGUGCGGGUGCAGACGGAGGAGGGCGCAGAGGGCCACUCGCUUAGCAACUACCACGACAUGCGCUCCGGCUUCUGGUACUUGUGCCGCACACAGGGCGCAGAGGGGGACCACUGUGUGGCCUCGGACCCGGCGACGUCCCCCCUGGUCCUGGCCAUCCCACGCCGCCUGCGCGUGCAGCUGGAGUGCGAGGAGGGUGAGCUGUCCUUCUACGAUGCUGAGCGGCACUGCCACCUGUACACCUUCCACGCCCGCUUCGGCGAGGUGCGGCCCUACUUCUACGUGGGGAGUGCGCGGGACGACAGGCCCCCUGAGCCUUUGCGUAUCUGCCCGCUGCGCAUCAGCAUCAAGCAGGAGCUGGACAGCUGAGCAGGCCUGGGCCUCGUCUUGAUGCCCACCCCGGCCUGGAUGCCUCUGCCCUCUGCCUUCGGGCAGCGUUCCCCACAAACCCUGUCCUGUCUGGGUUUUGCCCCUUCUCCAUAGUAAAAGCCCCCAGGAGGCCUCUUGCUGGGCCCAGGCUCUGCCCGGAGUUGGGGUGCCUUCAGGGUGUGAAUAUUCUGAGCCUCACUCUAGGACUUUGCUUCAGGAAGGGGCCUGUUUGUCCUGCACUGUAGGUGUCACUAUUUCCCAGGUUUGGUGAGGCCUGUCAUCUGGAUGACUGCCAUUGGAAAGACUUCAUCACUGUUCCCAAGAGAAGCGGGGAGGCUCCACAUUGGGCCACCGAGGGCCUGGCAGGAGGCAGGGCAGCAAGGAGGGAGUACGGCCAAAGGCUUUGUCAUAGUUCUCUGGGAAGCAAAGGCAGGGUGCAGAGGCUUGGGAUGGGCCAGUCUGAGUAGUUGCAGCGGGUUCUGGGGUGUAGAGGCCGCCCCGGAAGGACUGACAGUUGCCCAGGAGAGCCCUGGGAAGCAGGUUCAGGAGGCAGUAGGGGCCGGACGCUGGGCUGGUAGGUGUCAGGGGAUUGGCUGGCUUGGGAGGGGCCUGUGGAAUCCCCAGGUCCAGCGCUUCAGGAACACAGUAAGAGCAGCGCAGUUCGUGCAGGGCCUUGCGGUGGCUUCGGGGCUCAGCUUGCCUGUCGCCUUCGGUUACUGUUUAAAACUGCUGCACAGGUCUCACCGGGCAGGCUGAGGCAGAACUCACUGGCCCUGUUGAUCAGCUCUGUUUUUCUGUUUAUAUUUGAAUAGACAGUUUCCUCAGAACCAAGGGUUCCAGAGCACUUUUCUUCCCACACGGUCUCAGUUUCCUCACUGGUGAGAUGAUAGGACUGGCAGACAGUGUCCUUAUAUAAUUGCCAUGGAGGAGGUUCCUCCGCUUAAGUCUUUCCGAGGUCUGAGAAGGGAAGGAAGGAAGAGGCCCUUUGUAGUUAGGAAGAAGAAAAGGGGUGCAGUCUGGGGGCCCCACGACUGUGACCCAAGACCCAAUUGCGUGGGAUGGGGAGGCAGACACCCUCGUCUGUGCUGCUUUCUUGUCUUCCCUUGCUUCAUCCGCCCGACUGCUUUGGCACUGCCGCCUCUUGGGGCUCCUUCUCUCCCCCUGCCGUGUGCCUCCACCUUUUCUUCCUCAGCCUGCAGGUAGUUUCUAGUUGCAGCCCAGGAAGCCAGACAGUAAAAGCAAACAUUUCACCAUGGGUGUGGUACUCUAACAGGUCACAUUCCCAGCCAAGGAUGGGCAUCCUACCUCUUGCCUGUAUCCCCCACUUCAUAAAAACUGACAUUUUAAACACAGUAUGACCCAUGCCCAUUAACUGGUUAUCAAUGUCUUGUGCACAUUGGUUAUGUAACAAGUGGGGGGUCACGGGGAGGGGCCAGGUUGGAGCUGCCACUGCGAUUCCAGCCAAGUUGGGAGAGCAGAGGAAGUUGACCACUGGCCCGUGCGUUUCAGGUGCUCAGGCCCAAGAAGGCCCCUGGCAAUUCGGGAGCCAAGCAGGUCUGAGAGUGUACGCCUUCUGCUAUUGAGUGUUUACCUGUCGUGUACAGUUUCUGUAUAGUGAACUUGACCUGAAACUACUUUGUUAUCAUAGAGUUUAAAAGUGUUUUUAUUUUUACCUUCGAUGCAAUUUUUAAAAAAACAUUAAAGAUAAUUUGAUCUGGAUACGGUGAUGCACAUUUGUUAUCCCAUCACUGUGGGAAGUUGAGGCAGGAGGAUCACAAGUUCAAACCCAGCCUGGGCAACUUCGGAUAGCUUAGGCUUUUUCCAAAAAAUAAAAACUAUACAUUCUUUUAAUAUACGUUUCAAGUUCGUCCAUGUUGUAGCAUGUAUUUAUUCCUUUUGUUGUAAUAUUGAAUGGAAUGAUACUACAUUUUAUUUAUCAGUUGGUGGGUUUUGGCUGUUUCUGUUCUUGGCUCCUAUAAGUAAUACUACUGUGAACAUUUGUGUACAGUUUUUAUGUGGACAUGUCUUUAACUCUUUGUGGUAAAUAAAUACCUGGGAGUAGAUUCGCCAGA